CUUAUCUCCUAUCUACUUCGAGCAUCCACAUACCACAAUCUACAUCGCCAUAAACGCACCAAUCGCUAUUCAAACCCUUGUUUUUUCUUCACGAUUUAUGGAACCUGCAGAGCUAGCUAACUACGCGGAGCAAUGGUGGGAGCUUCAGAGCAGGGCCUUACCAACUCCGUCGCACGGAGGAUGGCGUCCAUUGCAAACCACCUCUCUCCGACGCAACCAAGUCCGUCCUCUCCUCCUUCAAUUCGCUGGUCGAGUUGCAGCUCUUCCAUGAACGAUAGCUACCACAAAGUUCACGGCGAAGUCCCCAGUCACGGGCCCGUUUGGAGAUUGGUUCCCUCGGAUGAGUCUGGCAAAGAGUUCACUGAUAUCAUCUACGAGAAGGCAGUCGGGGAAGCCAUUGCUAAGAUUACCAUUAAUAGACCAGAAAGGAGAAAUGCUUUCAGGCCUCACACAAUCAAGGAACUUAUUCGUGCAUUUAAUGAUGCCAGGGAUGAUGGUUCUAUUGGGGUCAUCAUCCUCACAGGGAAGGGGACUAAGGCCUUCUGCAGUGGGGGUGAUCAGGCAUUAAGAAAUAAGGAUGGCUAUGCUGAUUAUGAAAAUUUUGGCCGUCUCAAUGUUUUGGAUUUACAGGUUCAGAUUCGUCGACUUCCAAAACCAGUAAUUGCGAUGGUUGCAGGUUAUGCUGUUGGGGGAGGAAAUGUGUUGCACAUGGUUUGUGACCUCACAAUUGCAGCUGAUAAUGCUAUGUUUGGUCAGACGGGACCAAAGGUAGGGAGCUUUGAUGCUGGCUAUGGGAGUUCCAUAAUGUCCCGUUUGGUUGGCCCAAAGAAGGCUCGUGAAAUGUGGUUUUUGACAAGGUUUUAUACGUCUACUGAAGCGGAGAAAAUGGGACUUGUAAACACUGUUGUCCCGUUAGAUAAGCUGGAACAAGAAACUAUAAAAUGGUGUCGUGAGAUGCUAAGAAAUAGUCCUACUGCUAUUCGGGUCCUUAAAUCAGCUCUCAACGCUGUCGAUGAUGGACAUGCUGGACUUCAGGGGCUGGGAGGAGAUGCAACACUGCUAUUUUAUGGAACUGAUGAAGGCAAUGAGGGAAAAAAUGCCUAUGUGCAACGCAGACGACCCGAUUUCUCUAAAUUUCCAAGAUUACCUUAGCAUUGUAUAUUAUAGAGUAUCUACAUUCUCCAUAAGUGCCGGGCUUAAUUCAUCAUUUGUUGAAAAUAAAUGUUGGUUACUGAUAUUAUUAUUAUUAUUACUGAAAUAAAGGUUAUUUACAAAAAAUGUAACAUAAGUGUAUUGACUAUAGUAUUAACUUUCAAAUAAGCCCUUGCAUUUUAUGAAAAACAGAAAUUAAAUCCUUGUACUUUCAAAAACCCCAAUCAGCCCCCGAAACUUCGAAAGUUGUAAAC